CCCAACGAGAUUCCAAUCAAUUCUGAGUUCUCCGUUGAAAGUUCUGGACGUGUUCUGGGCUCCAGCUCCAGAGAUCUUGAGAUUUUCGUUUGCGGAAGUGAUUCUGGCCCGGUUUGGGAUCCAAGUGACCAAUUGGAUAGUGUGCGACCAGGUCAGAGUGGAUAUUCCCCCUGGAAACAUUGAAACUCGUUUCAACUGGGGAACCUGUAACGCGUUCAGCCAACAGAGGAAGUUGCAUCACUGCAGGCGGCCCACUCAGUGCAUUGUUGCACCUCGUCCAGUGCCAAUAGUUCUGGGGCAGUUUCGGUGUUGUGUUCGUUGAUUACUCGUAGUUUUUCUAGAAUAUAAUUUUUGGUGGUGGCUCCGUGUCUAAAAUGUUCGUCCCCAGCUCGUUUCUGUUCCUUCUCGUAGUUCUAAGGCUUGCAAGCUGCACUCAGGAUAAUGUUCAUGUGUUCACUGUGGCGACAGAGGCCAACGAUGGCUACAGACGCUUCAUUCGGUCGGCCCGGCACUACGGAAUCGAAGUGCAAACACUUGGAAUGGAUAGUGAAUGGAAAGGCGGUGAUAUGAACGGUCGUGGCGGUGGAUACAAAGUGAAUCUUUUAAGAGAUGCUGUCGAAAAAAUAAAAGACGAUCAAGAUGCAAUCGUUUUGUUCACAGACAGUUAUGAUGUGGUGUUCACAAAUGGUUUAGAUGAUAUCUUGUCAAAAUUCAGCAAAAUAGGUGCCAAGGUUCUAUUCGGCGCUGAACAUUAUCUGUGGCCCGACAAAAUCCUAAAGGAUCAGUAUCCUACUACAGUAGCUAAGGGAGCGCGUUAUUUGAACUCUGGUCUGUUUAUAGGAUAUGCUCCACAAGUCUACGAAAUUUUGAAAAAACCUAUUAAGGAUACAGAUGAUGAUCAACUCUACUACACUAAGUCUUAUCUCGACAAAGAACUACGCGAUAAGCUCAAAAUUCAGCUAGAUCACAAGUCGGAAAUAUUCCAGAAUCUUAAUGGAGCCACAGCUGAUGUGAAACUUGACAUUGAUCCGACAACUGGACAAGGUGUUUUAAAAAAUGUCAACUUCUUAACGCGACCAAGUGUGAUACACGGAAACGGACCCAGUAAAUUGUACUUAAAUGCAUUUGCAAAUUAUUUAGCCGGAGCAUUUAUUAAUAAUGAAUGUCCUCUUUGCAAAGAGGACAAUAUUGAGAUUAAGGAAAAUGCAUACCCCAUUGUUUCGAUGUCUGUCUUUGUGGAGAAACCAAUGCCAUUCUUUGAAGAGUUUCUAGAUGGCAUACUGUCUUUAAACUAUCCUAAGAGUAGCAUCAACUUGUUUAUUCAUUGUAAUGUGCCAUAUCAUGACAAACUAGUCAAUAAGUACGUACUCGACUUCGGGGUUGAAUACAAGACCGUAAAAUUGCUUCUGUCUGCGGAUAACAUCGAUGAGAAAGAAGCGCGUAAAUUAGCAGUACAACAAGCGAAGCUCAAAGAGAGUGAUUACCUGUUUUAUGUUGAGGCGGAAGCUCAUAUAGAUGAUCAUGACCUGCUCAUCGACCUCAUUAAAUUGAACAGAUCAAUCAUUGCACCUGUCCUUGUACGGGAUGACAACCUUUGGAGCAACUUCUGGGCCGCGCUCGACGAGAAUGGCUUCUAUGCACGAUCGCACGAUUAUUUGGAGAUUGUGAAAGGCAGCUUAAAGGGCAUGUGGAACGUUCCAUAUAUAGGAAAUUGUUACCUCGUUAAAAGUAAUGUUUUCGACAAACUUAAAUUUGAUCACAAAUCCUUCGAUCCGGACAUGGCCAUGUGCGAACAUUUACGAGAUGCGGGAGUCUUCAUGUACAUCAUCAACACGAAAACUUACGGCCACCUCGUAAACGAUGAAGAUUUCAACCUCAAAAAUACUCGCCCUGAUUUCUAUACGUUCUUCACGAAUCAACGUGACUGGGAGCAACGCUACAUUCACCCUGACUAUGCUGAACAAUUCAACCCGAAUUUCACCCACAAGCAGCCAUGCCCUGAUGUUUAUUGGAUCCCUAUUGUAACAGAAAAGUUCUGCAAAGAUUUAGUUGCUAUAAUGGAGGCUUAUGGAAAGUGGUCGGACGGAUCAAACCAUGAUAAACGAUUGGAUGGCGGCUACGAAGCUGUGCCUACACGAGAUAUACAUAUGAAUCAAGUAGGAUUGGAGAAAUUCUGGCUCAAGUUCCUACAAAAAUACGUACGACCAUUGCAAGAGUUGAUUUUCGUCGGUUAUUUCCAUAAUCCUCCACGAGCUAUAAUGAACUUUGUUGUACGGUAUAAGCCAGACGAACAGCCAUCAUUGCGUCCACAUCAUGACUCUUCCACUUACACUGUCAACAUUGCCUUAAAUCGGGCCGGUAUUGAUUUCGAAGGAGGCGGUUGCAGGUUCAUUCGAUACAACUGCUCGAUUAGAGCCACUGAAAUGGGUUGGAUGCUCUUGCAUCCAGGGAGACUCACACAUUUCCACGAAGGUCUCCAAACAACAAAAGGCAUCAGAUACAUAAUGGUUUCCUUUGUAGAUCCGUAAUUUUAUAUCAUUGAUAUUUUGGUAAUAAAAAAAGCACUUUUAUAUGAAA